CUUUUCUUAUCGCUGGGUUCAAACUCGUGAUGCUCGAUGAGGACCCUGGGGGAAAGUGCAGUGAAUAUCGGAGACGGGGAGGGUGGUGAUAAGGGGGGUUGUGGCACUGUGGCACUGUGGCACUGUGGCACACCCACCGCCAAGCCGUUGCGGUUCCCAUCUUUGCUUCAAGGGUUUUUUGUUAGACCGUCGGAAACCGCUUCGGUAGUGAGGCGGGAAGAACGUGACCAGGGUGUUUUGUAUGUCUCAGUUGGAGGUGCCUUCGUAUGUGGUUUUUGUUAUCUUUGUCUCGUGUUUUGGGGUUUACAUCCGGGUUCUUUUGGGGAUGUGAGGUCUUGGAGUGUUGAAGAUUUGAGACCCUUCUCUGACUUUAUUGGGUGGGGAAGUAUUUGGAAGAAGAGAAAAUUGUGGGUGAGCUUUUUGGUUGUUGUCUCAUUGCUUUGCUGUCGAUCACGUUUUGAUAUUGACGCGGUGAGAAGGGUGAGUGCGGAGUGGGAUAGUUGAUGGGACGUUGCAGAUGGCAGAGAUGCUGGGGACAGAGGUAGUGAACUCACGGGCCGACUGGAAUGUUUUGCGUGUCUCAUGAUUCAUCUUUUGUUGUUGAGGGGAUGCUGUUAGUGAGCUGUCGGUGAUGUGUAGAUGAUACGGCGGAAGGGGAGUUGGGUGUUUCCAUCUUAAUCUCCCCCUCGGCCUCGCCUCCCUAGCAAGCCCUCGUCUCCGUAUGUGCUCGCUGACGAGAAGCCCCUUUGAUGAGUCGGAUGGAGGCGAAAUGAUGUCAAGGAGUUGAGUAUGUGUUGUUGCGUUUCUGUGUUUAUCGUCAGUGUUCCAACGUCUCCACUUUGACAUGUUGUAGUGAGACCAUAGAAAUACAAACGAAUCAGCUUGAACCGACUCAAAUGGAGGUUCGUCCGAC